AUGGACGAAUGGAGCUUGAAAAAGCGGCAAGAGGACAAAAUCUGUGCUUUGGGAUUAAAUAGUCCCGGAGCACAGAAAAUCAAAGCCAUCAACAGCCGACGGGCCGAACUUCUGCGUGAGCAGAAGGCCCUGGCCAGAGGACUGAGGCGAUCAGUGGGCGAGGACAUCGUCGUGCAGCGAAGCAACGUGAAAGCGCAGCAGGUUGCUGUCAAGAAGUCCCGACAGAUGUUCGGGUCUAUGGAUUCCCACCGAAAGCCCAUACCCAGCGAGGAGGCUUCAGAAGGGUUGACACACACCCUGCAAACAGUGUUGCGGGUGUCGCAAGAGUUGGAAUCCUUGCAGAAGGAGGUUCAGCAGCUAGAAAAGGCAGAGAAGGCAGAGCAGCAGAAAGGGACGCAGGUCAAGGUCAACUCGCUGAAUGAUUGGUUUGGUAGGUAUGGUGAGCCGAAGCGUCAGUCACAACCUGUCGAAAUGGCGCGCUCCUGCAUUAUGAAGCCUCGGAGACUCCCCUUCCUGGGUACGUCGAACGCCGUAACCUUGCGCAAGGGGCAUCUCAUCAAGUGA